CCUACAACGAAGCGGCGGGUAUUUAAUUUUUCACGAGAUGUUUGCAGCAUGCUGUUAUAAAUCAUCAUAAUCAACCUCUACCCUCUCAAAGUCUUUUUCAAUUAUGUGUUCAAUACAUUCAUUCACGUCCAGUGAAAUUAAGAAAGCGCGAGAAGCUCUACUCCUAUGGUAUGAUAAAUGUAAACGUGAUCUACCAUGGCGUCAAAUGGCAUUAGAUCCGGAUCCAAAUAUUCGUGGUUAUGCAGUUUGGGUAUCUGAAGUUAUGCUCCAGCAGACACAAGUUAAAACUGUUAUCGACUAUUAUAACCGAUGGAUGAAGAAAUGGCCUAAUGUUCAAGAAUUGGCAUCCGCCUCUUUAGAUGAUGUUAAUUCUGUUUGGUCUGGUCUGGGUUACUAUUCCAGAGCUCGUCUAUUACAUGAAGGUGCAAAAAAGAUUGUUAAUGAAUGUAAUGGAAAUCUACCGCAUACAGCAGAGGCAUUGAAGUCUACACUACCCGGUGUUGGAAGAUAUACAGCUGGAGCUAUAUCAAGCAUUGCAUUCAAUCAGUGUACGGCUGCUUUAGACAGCAACGUAAUUCGUGUGUUAACUCGUCUACGUGAAAUUGGUUCACCUGUCCAGCUGCCUACAACAAUAGAAUAUCUAUGGAAUUUAGCUAACCAGUUAGUUGAUCCUAACAGGCCAGGAGAUUUUAAUCAAGCUCUAAUGGAAUUAGGCGCCGUGUGUUGUACACCAAAACAACCGAAUUGUUCUAAAUGUCCAAUCAAUGAAGUUGGCUUAUGCGGUUCAUUUAAACGAACAACAGGAACUUUGAGAAAUAAAAAGUUAUCAAAAGAAAUUGAUGUAGAAAAUUGUCAUCUGUGUAUUGAUCCGGUUGUUUAUCAAAAAAGUCUUGGUGUAAUGAAUUAUCCAGUCAAAUUGAAUAAACGCGAACCUCGUAAACAAAACACCAUUGUCAUAGUGACGCAUACAACGAUAUUAGAAAAUGGAGCAAAUAAAGAUGUUUACCUGCUACUUCAAAGACCUAAAACAGGCCUCUUAGCUGGUUUAUGGGAAUUUCCAAGUUAUACCAUUGAAACAUUGAAAAGUGAGAAUAAUGAUGCUGUAAAAGUAAAAGAUCAAUGUUCAAUGGAUGAAAUUCAAUCAUUUAUACCAUUGGCUAUUGAACAAAUUAAAAAGGCAUUGGAAUCUGAUUCAUCUAACAGACUGCCCUACAAUGAUUUGAAUGUAAAAUCGAUUGGAGAGGUUGUGCAUAUCUUCUCUCAUAUACACAUGAAAUACAUUGUAUUCACUUUAAAACUUGACGAAAAGCCUAAAUCUGAUAUCAUGGAGGAGGAUAUUUGGCCACCUCUGCUGAAUUUUGGACGAUGGGUUAGCCUAGAAGAUUUACAGACAUCAGCUAUUUCUACUGCAACUAAAAAGAUAUUCGCUCAUUUUGAAAAUUAUUCAAAGACAUCCAAUGGAGAGGCUGUUGAAAAACGCCGUAAAGUUGGUAAAAGGCACUCAACGAAGACGUCAUUAACAGAUUCGAAACAAUCGAAACUAGACAAUUUCUUUCGAUAA